AUGAUCCGCCACGACUACUCUCGAGUCGAGCCGAAACGUCGUGCGAAUAUCGAUCCGAAGAAGCGGCAAUUCGCAAAGGCGGAGUAUGCACAGCAGGAUUAUAAGCAUAGGCUCAACUUCUACACAUUGCCACCGACGGCAGAGAUCACGCUCGAGGAAUUCGAAACAUGGGCGAUAAACCGAUUGAAAGUACUCUCCGAGUUGGAGGCGUGCAGCUUUCGCAAUCGAAGCCCUGAGGAGACCGCCGAGUACAUGACGAGCAUAUUGAACAAAUAUCUUCCUCUUCGGGCGAAUACAUCACGAGGGACGAAUCUUCAGGAGGAAAGGAAACGAGACCACUACUCCCACUUCAUUCUCCGCCUUGCAUUCUCUUCGACGGAGGAAUUGCGGCGGCGGUUUUCGCACUUGGAGACGAUCCUGUUCAGAUUAAGGUUCAGAGAAGACGACCCGAGGGAGCGACAAGGUUUCGUGAGGAGCUUGGACCUCGAGUGGGAAGAGGUUGGAGACGAUGAGAAGCGGGAGCUGCGAGACCAGAUGCUGGCUGCGAUUGGGUCGAAGAGGGAAGAGGAACAAGACUGGUUCAAGGUGGACUGGGAGAGAGUACCAGAGCUUGUUAGCCAGAGGAAAGUGCUUCUGAAGAGGGGAAUGGCAUACGUGCCGGCGAAAGAGCAGACAAGCUUGGUUGUAGCGGAGUUUACCAAGCGAUUAGACGAGCAACUCGAGUUGACUGCCCGCGCACUCCCCCGCCUAGAUGAAGACGACCGUCUCGCCCCCAUCCUCGCUCACCUCUCCCAAUCCUUCACAGCUCCCGAAGCCGCCUAUUCCUCCUCUGACGCCAACAUCGACGGCCUCUCCGCCAUCAAUUCCGGCGCAAUCGACACCCUCUCACAGAACUUCCCUCUCUGCAUGCAAAACUUACACAUGACGCUCCGCGCAAAUUCCCACCUAAAACACUACGGUCGACUUCAAUACACACUCUUCCUCAAAGGCAUCGGUCUUUCACUGGAAGAAUGUAUCAUCUUCUGGCGACGCUCUUUCAAGCUCAUGACGGACGAUAAAUUCCACAAAGAGUACAAGUACAACAUUCGACACGCGUACGGCGACGUAGGCGGCGACUCGAACCGUCGCGGCCGCGGAUACACACCCUAUUCUUGCCAGAAAAUCCUCACCGAGCCGCUCCCCGGACCGGGCCAAGCGCAUGGGUGUCCUUACCGAGCCUUCAACGUCGAGAACCUGACAGGCCUGCUUCAACGCGUAGGCAUACAAGAUAGAGAGGUGCUGCAGGGAGUUAAGGAAGACGUCAAGAAGCAGAGGUACCAUGUGGCGUGUAAUCGGGUGUUUGAAUUCGCGCAUAAAAAGGAAAUCAAGAAGGUUAAAGAUGAGGGGACGUGGAGUGCGACGGACUUGGAUACUAUUGUGCAUCCGAAUACGUACUUUAAGAGAAGUUGGUUGUUGAAGCAUUUAGGGGAUGGAAAUGCAGGGGUGGUGAGUGGUGAUAAGAUGGAGGAGUAG